UUUUCCAGAUUAGAUUUAGAACCUUCCGUUCUAUUUCUACGCGUGGGCGUGGUCCGAACCAAUAUCAAAUAUUGUAAGAAUAGCGUUCAUAUGUUCGGAUUCAUAUGUUGUUGAAUCUACAAACGACGUACGACUUUCUUCGAUUGAUCUUCCCCCAAAUCCGCGUCGCAGGCAUUCGAUUCCAUCCUCUCCGUCCUUCAAUUUGCUCUCUCGAUCCAUUUCUCGCGUGUUUUUCAGCUGUGCAGUGGGAUUAGGGCUUCGCUUUGGGUGUAGAGAAGAAGAGGGAUUGAGAUGGGGCAGCAGUCGCUGAUCUACAGCUUCGUGGCGCGGGGGACGGUGAUCCUGGCGGAGUUCACCGAGUUCACCGGGAAUUUCACCAGCAUCGCGUCGCAGUGCCUCCAGAAGCUCCCCUCCUCCAACAACAAGUUUACCUACAACUGUGACGGCCACACCUUCAACUACCUCGUCGAAAACGGUUUCACAUAUUGUGUUGUUGCAGUUGAGGCAGUUGGAAGACAAAUUCCAAUUGCAUUUCUAGAAAGAGUUAAGGAGGAUUUUAACAAGAGAUAUGGUGGAGGGAAAGCUGCAACUGCUGUUGCCAACAGCCUGAAAAAGGAGUUUGGGCCAAAAUUGAAGGAGCAUAUGCAGUACUGUGUGGAUCAUCCAGAGGAGGUUAGCCAGCUUGCAAAGGUGCAGGCUCAGGUUUCUGAAGUCAAGGGAGUGAUGAUGGAAAACAUUGAAAAGGUUCUUGACCGAGGAGAGAAGAUUGAGGUGCUGGUAGACAAAACUGAGAAUCUUCGCUCUCAGGCCCAAGAUUUCAGGCAACAAGGAACACAGAUUAGGAGGAAGAUGUGGUUCCAGAAUAUGAAGAUAAAAUUGAUUGUGCUGGGUAUCCUCAUUGUCUUGAUUCUCAUCAUUGUUCUAUCUGUCUGCAAAGGCUUCAAUUGUUGAUGAUGAUUAGGAUUGUUCUCUGCUGCUGGAUCAGUUCUUCCACAUGUCCUCACAUUUUGUUCAGAAAUUCAUGUCUAGCUUGAUUGCUGCUCCACGACCUGCUGCCCACGUUACCUUAUUAAGGGGCUCUUGGGCUGUAACUUGAAUUGGUUGUAUAAGUGAUGUGCAGGAAUUUCUUACGCCAAGUAGGAAAGGCUUUGUUUGUUUUACACAACACGAAACAUUUAUUUCUUUGAUACUGUAAUUGGAUGACUGCCCAAAUAACUGACCAUUUGUGUUGCCACUGACUGGAUUAAUUCCUCCUCUUCUUUCCUCA